AUGUCGAACGAAAAUACUUCCGACCCUCCCUUACCUACACCGAAAGGCAGACCUGUGAGCGAAGCUCUGCUAAAUGAGAAGUGGGACCGAUUUCUCUCGUCGACAGUGAUCAAGUCGGGUCUGGGCCUGUCGUUUGGCGUUAUCUUUUCAGUGCUGCUAUUCAAGCGGAGAGCAUGGCCGGUGUUCUUCGGAGCUGGAUUCGGCGCGGGACGCGCGUGGGAGGAAGCGGAUGCAAAUUUCAAGCGCGGUGAUCGACCAUUCAACACAGACGGCCUGCGGAAAGUACGGACGGAGAGGUGA